UUCACAAAUGUACAAACACACAUGGACCUAUUGGCAUACUCGUAUAUCUAGUAAAUUUUCUUUGGAUGAAUCGAAUGGAUCGCAGUCUGGUGGUUUUCUGCCUACUUCUGUGCCUUUUGCCUGACUGCCUGCUGUCCACUAGGGAAAUGGAGAACUAUGUCCCCGAGCGCUGUCGAUAUUUGAAAGCGCACGAGGAGGUGCUGCAGAGAAAAUGUUCAGGACACUACCCUUUGGUGGCAGUCACCAAGUUCCGGGACACGUUCAUCGAGGCAGGCGAACCGUUCGCCCUGUACAUGACCGCGUCGCUGGACUAUGUGCUGGUGCUAAUGAAGGCAUCGCCACUCCACAAUUGCCAAAAGAUGCGCUUCCUGGACGUUACGAGCUUCAACUGUGGCGAUAAGAACAACACAGUAAUACUGAAAAGUGCGGCCAUGUACUGUUUCCCGUUCCACAUCCAGCUGCCCGACGACCUCAUGCAGAUGUGCCUCAUGGAGCACGACUUGAACUUGGAUCCGCUCAAAGAGGUGCUCAAAACAAAACGCGGUGUCAUCCACUAUGCCCUCGGCGACAAUGGGGCCGAGCGCCUGGGCAUUGGCAUUGGCAUUGGCAUCGGCAUUGGCGUCUGGCUUCGUCUCCUUGCUCUUCCAUUGUCCAUCUCCAUCUGCAUGUCCAUGGUGAUGGCGAUGCAGCGACUUUAAGGGCGGUCGCUCAUCGAUCCGGUCUGGAUCAUUAUAAUACGAGUCAUAAACUUUAAUGCGACGGCCAUAAAG